UCUCACUGUCAGAGCCGGUGGUGGGAGAAGUUCACUGAGCUGCUCAAGCACGUCGGCAUCAUGAAGCUGCUCCUGCUGUUCCUGCUCUGUGUUUCUACCGUUAAAUCCCAGGGUUUCACUGAAUAUGAUGACGAGGAUGAGGCCCUUCAUGGCAGGGAGUCCCCUCAGCCUGGGGCUCGAGGCCACAGACCCCUGGACAAGAGGCGGGAAGCAGCCCCAACACUGAGACCUGUGGCGCCACCCAUCAGUGGAGGUGGCUAUCAGCCCCGGCCACCAAAGCGGGUGAAGCCGGGUGAGAAGAAAGGUCCAGUCAUUUAUCCUGAUGCUGGUGGCUGCAAGCAUCCUUUAGAUGAGCUGGGAGUGCUGUGUCCAACUGGAUGUGAAUUGCAAACUACACUGGUAAAACAGGAAAAAACUGUGAAAUCAGUUGUUCAUGAUCUAAAAGACAAAGUGAACAAAUUGUCCGACAGCUCUACAACUUUCUAUGAAUAUGUGAAUAUUCUAGAUGAUAAAUUGGCAAAGAGACAAAAACAAAGAAAAGACAAUGACGGUUUACUUUCUGAGUACAAUACAGAAGUGGAAAUGCACUAUAAUUACAUAAAGGAUAAUCUAGACAAUAACAUCCCAUCAAGCCUCAGGGUCCUUCGAGCAGUUGUGGAUUCUUUACACAAAAAGAUACAAAAACUGGAAAAUGCCAUUGCAACCCAGGUGGACUACUGCCGCUCCCCUUGUGUUGUUUCCUGUAAUAUCCCGGUGGUUUCAGGCAAAGAAUGUGAGGAUAUUUUCAGGAAGGGAGGUGAGACAUCCGAAAUGUACCUCAUCCAGCCUGAUCCUUUCGUCAAACCAUAUAGAGUAUACUGUGACAUGAAGACAGAAGGUGGAGGCUGGACUUUGAUUCAGAGCCGCCAAGAUGGCAGCGUUAACUUCGGGAGAAUAUGGGAUGCAUAUAAAAAGGGUUUUGGAAAUGUUGCAAAGAGUGGAGGGAAGAACUACUGUGAUACACCAGGUGAAUAUUGGCUUGGAAAUGACAAAAUCAGCCAAUUUACCAAAAUAGGGCCCACUGAAGUUUUAAUUGAAAUGGAGGACUGGAACGGUGAUAAAGUUUCAGCUCAUUACCAAGGUUUCACCGUACAGAACGAAGGAAACAAGUAUCAGCUUUCAGUUAGUAACUACAAAGGCAAUGCAGGCAAUGCUCUGAUGGAAGGAGCUUCACAGCUGCAUGGAGAAAACAGAACAAUGACAAUUCACAACGGCAUGUUCUUCAGUACUUACGACAGAGACAAUGAUGGAUGGUUAACUGCAGAUCCAAAAAAGCAGUGCUCCAAAGAAGAUGGUGGCGGAUGGUGGUACAAUCGCUGCCACGCAGCCAACCCCAAUGGCAGAUACUACUGGGGAGGGAGCUACAGUUGGGAUAUGGCAAAACAUGGUACAGAUGAUGGUGUUGUAUGGAUGAACUGGAAAGGGUCAUGGUAUUCACUGAAGAAGAUGAGCAUGAAAAUCAGACCAUACUUUCCACACUAACCAUUUUCAAAAUGCACAGUCACAGAUUUUCUUUUCAUACUCAUGCGUGGUUAACUUUUUAGGCAUGAUAUUCAGGUUUAUCUUUCUGUAGGAGAACCAAAUAUGACAAAAUGUAUGUAUGACCAUAAUGUGAUGUAAAGGGAAAAGCUGUGUCAACUGUAACCUGCAAGUGUAUUUUAUACCAUUUUUCAUUUGUUAGUAAGACAGAAGUAACUAGCAGCUGUCGGUAACACUGACAAUAAAAAUACCCAUUUCAUUGUUUUACAAAAUAGUUCCAUACUGCAUUUGAAGAGGGAGAGAACUAUUUUUAAAAUGUUUUCUAAAAAUUAAAAAAAGCCUUAAAACUAAAGUUUUCUUCCUAUAAUUUCUGAUUACUUAUGCAUUAUCUGGGGAGAAGCAAGCACAUUCCACACAGUAGAGGACUGUCUUUUCCUUUCAUAUCACAAAGGUGUGCUAACUGCCUGUGUAACAAGUCAAGAAGAAAUAAAGCAAAAAUAUAAUAUCUGAAAAACUGCA